AUGAGAGAAAUUUUAAAAGCAAAAGCAACAGAGUCUGUUGGCUAUGACACUCUUCAGGUACGGGAGAAUCACCGAUUCAAUAAGAAGUUGACUGGCAUGAAUCUGCCUUCUCCGGUUAUCAGCAGUAAGAACUGGUUACGACUCCAUUUCACAUCAGACAGUAACCACCGACGAAAAGGAUUUAAUGCCCAGUUCCAGGUGAAAAAAGCAAUUGAAUUGAAGUCAAGAGGAGUCAAAAUGCUGCCCAGCAAAGACAGUAAUCACAAAAAUUCUGUCUUAAGUCAAGGUGGGGAUGCAGUUGCAUCUGACAUGUGUCCUGAUCCUGGAAUUCCUGAGAAUGGAAAAAGGGCAGGCUCUGAUUUCAGGGUGGGUGCUAGUCUACAGUUCUCCUGUGAAGAUAAUUAUGUGCUCCAAGGUUCUAAGAGCAUCACUUGUCAGAGAGUGACAGAUACGCUGGCAGCUUGGAGUGACCACAGGCCAAUCUGUCGUGCUAGAACAUGUGGUUCCAACCUGCGUGGACCAAGUGGAAUUAUCACAUCACCUAAUUACCCAGUUCAGUAUGAAGACAAUGCACACUGUGUGUGGGUUAUCACAACAAUAGAUCCAGAAAAGGUCAUCAAGCUUGCUUUUGAAGAAUUUGAGUUAGAAAGAGGAUACGAUACCCUAACUGUAGGGGAUGCUGGGAAAGUUGGAGAUACCAGGACAGUCUUGUAUGUACUCACAGGAUCUAGUGUUCCUGACCUUAUUGUGAGCAUGAGCAACCAGAUGUGGCUCCAUUUACAAUCUGAUGACAGCAUUGGCUCGCCUGGAUUCAAAGCUGUUUAUCAAGAAAUUGAAAAAGGAGGUUGUGGAGACCCAGGAAUUCCAUCAUAUGGAAAAAGGACUGGAAACAGUUUUCUGCAUGGAGACACACUUACCUUUGAAUGCCAAGCGGCUUUUGAACUAGUGGGCGAGAGAACAAUUACAUGCCAACAAAAUAACCAGUGGUCUGGCAACAAACCCAGCUGUGUUUUCUCAUGCUUCUUUAACUUCACCACACCAUCUGGAAUUAUUCUUUCACCAAACUACCCAGAAGAGUAUGGAAACAACAUGAAUUGUGUGUGGCUGAUUAUUUCAGAGCCGGGAAGCAGGAUUCAUCUCAUUUUCAAUGACUUCGAUGUGGAGCCACAGUUUGAUUAUCUUACAGUGAAGGAUGAUGGAAUUUCAGACUUACCACCGCUUGGCACUUUUUCUGGCAAUGAGGUCCCUUCUCAAUUGGCAAGCAGUGGGCACAUAGUAAGACUUGAAUUUCAGUCAGAUCACUCUACCACUGGAAGAGGCUUUAAUAUCACUUACACAACUUUUGGUCAGAAUGAGUGCCAUGAUCCUGGUAUUCCCAUAAAUGGAAGGCGUUUUGGAGACAGAUUCCUCCUGGGAAGUUCUGUUUCUUUUCAUUGUGAUGAUGGUUUUGUUAAAACCCAAGGAUCUGAAUCCAUAACUUGCAUUAUGCAGGAUGGAAAUGUCAUAUGGAGCUCUACUGUGCCACGUUGUGAAGCACCAUGUGGUGGACAUCUGACAGCAUCAAAUGGAGUUAUCUUGCCUCCAGGGUGGCCAGGUUAUUACAAGGACUCUCUAAAUUGUGAAUGGGUGAUUGAAGCAAGACCAGGACAUUCCAUUAAGAUCACAUUUGACAGAUUUCAAACUGAAGUUAAUUAUGAUACCCUAGAAGUCAGAGAUGGGCCAGCAAACUCAUCACCACUAAUUGGAGAAUAUCAUGGUACACAGGCACCACAGUUCCUUAUUAGUACAGGCAACUACAUGUAUCUGCUGUUCACUACAGACAAUAGUCGUUCCAGUGUUGGCUUCUUAAUUCACUAUGAGAGUGUUACACUAGAAUCAGAUUCCUGCCUUGACCCAGGGAUUCCUGUGAAUGGCCAUCGCCAUGGUAACAGCUUUAGCAUCCGAUCUACAGUAACUUUUAGCUGUGAUCCAGGAUAUACAUUGAGUGAUGAGGAGCCACUCAUAUGUGAAAAAAACCAUCAGUGGAAUCAUGCAUUACCUAGCUGUGAUGCUCUGUGUGGUGGUUAUAUUCAUGGGAGCAGUGGAACCAUUCUUUCUCCAGGUUUUCCUGAUUUUUAUCCAAACUCUCUUAACUGCACUUGGACUAUUGAAGUAUCACAUGGCAAGGGAGUACAGCUGGCCUUUCAUACAUUUCAUCUGGAGAGCUCUCAUGACUAUUUGCUCAUCGCUGAAGAUGGCAGCUUCACAGAACCAGUGGCAAGAUUAACUGGCUUGGUCUUGCCCCCGACAAUUAAAGCUGGCCUCUUUGGAAACUUCACUGCACAGCUUCGAUUUAUAUCUGACUUCUCAAUCUCUUAUGAAGGCUUCAAUAUAACAUUUUCAGAAUAUGACCUGGAACCAUGUGAUGACCCUGGUGUUCCUGCUUUCAGCAGACGAAUUGGUUUUCACUUUGGUGUUGGAGACUCCUUGACAUUUUCUUGUUUUCCUGGAUAUCGUUUAGAAGGUGCUAAUAAACUUACCUGCCUGGGUGGUGGUCGUCGUGUUUGGAGUGCACCUCUGCCAAGGUGUGUGGCUGAAUGUGGAGCAAGUGUCUCUGGAAAUGAAGGAAUAUUGCUGUCUCCAAAUUUUCCAUCUAAUUAUGACAACAACCAUGAAUGUAUCUAUAAAAUUGAAACAGAAGCUGGAAAAGGGAUCCACCUUAGAGCCAGGAGCUUUCAGCUGCAUGAGGGAGAUAUUGUUAAGGUGUAUGAUGGAAAAGACAGCUUUUCACGUCCUUUGGGAGCCUUCACCAAAAAUGAAAUGAUGGGAGUGAUCCUUAACAGCACUUCUAACCACUUGUGGAUAGAAUUUAAUACUAAUGGAUCUGAUACAGACCAAGGAUUUCAACUCACAUACACUAGCUUUGAUCUAGUGAAGUGUGAGGAUCCUGGGAUACCAAAUUAUGGAUACAAGAUCCGUGAUGAGGGACAUUUUACUGACACUGUAAUUUUAUACAGUUGCAAUCCUGGAUAUACAAUGCAUGGUAGCAAUAUUAUGACUUGCCUAAGUGGAGAUCGAAGAGUGUGGGACAAACCUUUGCCUACUUGUAUAGCCGAGUGUGGUGGCCGAAUUCAUGCUGCUACAUCAGGGCGCAUUUUGUCUCCAGGUUACCCUGCACCUUAUGACAACAAUCUGCAUUGCACUUGGAUUAUAGAAGCAGACCCAGGGAAGACAAUUAGUCUGCAUUUUAUUGUUUUUGACACUGAGGUUGCUCAUGACAUCCUGAAGGUGUGGGAUGGUCCUGUUGAAAGCAGUAUUCUUCUAAAAGAAUGGAGUGGUUCUGCCCUUCCAGAAGAUAUUCAUAGCACCUUCAAUUCACUGACGUUACAGUUUGACAGUGACUUCUUCAUCAGCAAGUCAGGCUUUUCCAUCCAGUUCUCAACAUCAAUAGCAUCAACGUGUAAUGAUCCUGGGACUCCACAGAAUGGUACUAGAUAUGGAGACAGCAGAGAACCUGGGGACACCACUACCUUCCAAUGUGACCCUGGAUAUCAGCUCCAAGGGCAGGCUAAAAUUACUUGUGUGCAGCUGAAUAACCGAUUCUUUUGGCAACCUGAUCCUCCUACGUGCAUAGCUGCAUGUGGAGGGAACCUGACAGGCCCAGCGGGUGUUAUUUUAUCACCUAACUACCCACAGCCAUAUCCUCCUGGGAAGGAAUGUGACUGGAGAAUAAAAGUAAACCCUGACUUUGUCAUUGCCUUGAUAUUCAAAAGUUUCAGUAUGGAGCCCAGUUAUGAUUUUCUGCAUAUUUAUGAAGGGGAAGAUUCCAACAGUCCUCUAAUCGGAAGUUUUCAAGGCUCCCAGGCACCUGAAAGAAUUGAGAGCAGUAGUAAUAGCCUAUUUCUUGCAUUUCGAAGUGAUGCCUCUGUUGGCAUGUCAGGAUUUGCCAUUGAAUAUAAAGAAAAACCACGAGAAGCUUGUUUUGACCCAGGAAACAUAAUGAAUGGAACAAGAAUUGGAACAGAUUUCAAACUUGGAUCAACUAUUACCUAUCAAUGUGAUUCCGGAUAUAAGAUUAUUGAUCCCUCUACUAUAACAUGUGUGAUUGGCAUUGAUGGAAAACCAGCAUGGAACAGAGCAUUGCCAUCUUGUAAUGCUCCAUGUGGAGGACAAUACACUGGAUCAGAUGGAGUGGUCUUAUCACCAAAUUAUCCUCAUAAUUAUACUGCUGGACAGACAUGUCACUAUUCAAUAACAGUACCUAAGGAAUUUGUUGUUUUUGGACAGUUUGCCUAUUUCCAGACAGCAUUGAAUGAUGUGGCAGAAUUAUUUGAUGGAGAAACCCCCCAGGCUAGACUUCUCAGCUCACUCUCUGGAUCUCAUUCAGGAGAGACUUUGCCUUUAGCCACAUCCAAUCAGAUUCUAUUGCGAUUCAGUGCUAAGAGUGGAGCAUCUGCCAGAGGUUUCCAUUUUGUCUAUCAAGCUGUUCCACGUACCAGUGAUACACAAUGCAGCUCUGUUCCAGAGCCUAGAUAUGGGAGGAGAAUUGGCUCUGAGUUUUCAGCAGGCUCUGUUGUUCGAUUUGAAUGUAGCCCUGGGUAUCUGCUGCAAGGCUCUAAAGCUAUCCAGUGCCAGUCUGUGCCUAAUGCUUUAGCUCAGUGGAAUGACACAGUCCCAAGCUGUGUAGUGCCAUGCAGCGGAAAUUUUACUGAACGGAGGGGCACUAUCUUAUCACCAGGUUACCCUGAACCCUAUGGUAACAGCUUGAAUUGUGUGUGGAAAAUCAUAGUGACUGAGGGAUCAGGUAUUCAGAUCCAGGUCAUCAGUUUUGCCACAGAACAUAACUGGGACUCUCUUGAAAUCUAUGAUGGUGGGGAUAUGACAGCACCACGACUUGGGAGUUUUUCAGGUACCACAGUGCCAGCAUUGUUGAAUAGCACUUCCAAUCAACUUUACCUGCAUUUUCACUCUGAUAUUAGCGUGGCAGCAGCAGGUUUUCACCUGGAAUACAAAACUGUAGGCCUUGCUGCUUGUCCAGAACCAGUAAUUCCUAGCAAUGGCAUCAAAACAGGAGAUAGAUAUAUGGUGAAUGAUGUUUUGUCAUUUCAAUGUGAACCUGGAUACACCUUACAGGGCCGUUCUCAUAUUUCUUGUAUGCCUGGAACAGUGCGACGUUGGAACUAUCCGUCUCCCCUCUGCCUUGCUAAAUGUGGUGGAACACUGACAGAUAUGGGCGGAGUGAUCCUGAGUCCAGGUUUUCCUGGUAAUUACCCUAGUAACUUAGAUUGCACAUGGAAAAUCUCAUUGCCUAUUGGAUAUGGUGCACAUAUUCAGUUUCUAAACUUCUCUACUGAAGCAAAUCAUGAUUUCCUUGAAAUUCAGAAUGGGCCUUACCACACCAGUUCAAAGAUUGGCCAGUUUAGUGGAAUAGAACUUCCACCAUCUUUGCUAAGUACAACUCAUGAAACACUCAUCCAUUUUUAUAGUGAUCACUCAGAAAACAGACAAGGAUUUAAGCUAUCAUACCAAGCUUAUGAGUUACAGAACUGCCCAGAUCCUCCUCCUUUUUUAAAUGGAUAUAUUGUCAAUUUGGACUACAGCGUUGGUCAGUCAGUAUCAUUUGAGUGCUAUCCUGGGUAUGUUCUGAUAGGUCAGCCUGUUCUCACUUGCCAACAUGGAAUCAACAGGAACUGGAACUAUCAUUUCCCCAGAUGUGAAGCUCCUUGUGGCUAUAAUGUAACCUCUCAGAAUGGUACAGUUUAUUCCCCAGGAUUUCCAGAUGAAUAUCCAAAUUCAAAGGACUGUACAUGGCUUAUUUCUGUGCCUCAGGGUCAUGGAAUUUAUAUCAACUUCACCUUACUCCAAACUGAACCAGUGAAUGACUAUAUAGCAGUUUGGGAUGGUCCUGACCAGAAUUCACCUCAGCUGGGAGUUUUCAGUGGCAAUACAGCUCUUGAAACAGCUUACAGCUCAACCAACCAGGCCCUUCUCAAAUUUCAUAGUGACUUUUCAACUGGAGGAUUCUUUGUCCUCAAUUUUCAUGCAUAUCAACUUAAGAAGUGCCAGCCUCCUCCAAUAGUUCCACAUGCUGAUUUAUUUACAGAAGACGAGGAUUUUGAAAUAGGAGACUUUGCCAAAUACAAGUGCCAUCCUGGUUUCACUUUGGUUGGAAAUGACAUAUUGACCUGCAAACUGAAUGCACAAUUGCAGUUUGAGGGCUCACCCCCUUUCUGUGAAGCACAAUGCCCAGCAAAUGAAAACCGUAUGGAAUCAUCAGGAGUGAUCCUCAGUCCAGGUUACCCAGGCAACUACCCUAAUUCUCAGACCUGCUCUUGGACUAUUAAAAUUGAACCAGGAUAUAACAUCUCUAUCUUUGUAGAAAUGUUUCAGAGUGAAAAACAGUUUGAUGUGCUGGAAAUAUUUGAUGGUUCUUCUGGGCAAAGUCCUUUGCUGGUUGCUUUAAGUGGAAAUCAUACAGGGCAACUGAACUUCACAAGCAAAACAAAUCAGCUGUAUCUCCGCUGGUCAACUGACCAUGCAACCAAUAAGAAGGGUUUUAAAAUACGUUACUCAGCUCCCUAUUGCAGCUUAAACUCUGUCUUGAAGAAUGGUGGGAUUGUGAACAAAACAGGAGGCCCGACUAGAAGUAAAGUGCACUUUUAUUGCAAACCUGGAUAUAGAAUGAUUGGCCAUACUAAUGCAACAUGCAGACGACGUCAAAAUGGCAUGUACCAAUGGGAUUCUCCUGCCCCGAUCUGCCAAGCUGUAUCCUGUGGUAUUCCAGAAUCUCCAGGGAAUGGUUCAGUUAUGGGUAAUGAAUUCUCUUUGGGCAGUAGAGUGAUAUAUGAAUGCAAGGAGGGCUUCAAGCUAGAAACUAGUCAACAAGCAACAGCAGUGUGUCAAGAAGAUGAAUUAUGGAGUAACAAAGGGAGGCCACCUGUCUGUAAACUUGCAGAAUGGUGUCUUAGGGACCACUCUUCCUACACUCUACAAGCAUGA